AAACAUCUCCAACUGCCUAUAUUUAUUUAUGAACAAUUCUCUCUCUCUCUCUCUCAUCACAAAAUAAUGGCUCCUUCUUUCACAGUAACUUCACGUUUUCAUGAAUCCUUCACCCGAAGUGCACUUCGCUCUUAUCUCGCCGAGUUUAUCUCAACCUUCUUCUAUGUCCUUAUUGUUGUAGGUUCUGGAAUGUCCUCAAGGAAGUUGAUGCCUGAUGCUUCACUGAACCCAACAAGUUUGGUUGUGGGUGCUAUUGCAAAUGCCUUUGCUCUGUCAUCAGUUUUGUACAUCGCAUGGGACAUCUCAGGCGGACAUGUGAAUCCGGCUGUGACAUUUGCAAUGGCUGUUGGAGGCCAUAUUAGUGUCCCAACUGCUCUCUUUUAUUGGGUUGCUCAACUUAUUGCAUCUGUUAUUGCUUGCCUUUUCCUCAAAGUCAUUGUUGUUGGAAUGCAUGUACCAACAUAUGUAAUUGCAGAAGAGAUGACAGGAUUUGGAGCAUCCAUAUUAGAGGGUAUCCUAACAUUUGUGUUAGUGUACACAAUAUAUGCUGCAAGGGACACUAGGCGUGGUCAAGUAAGUUCAACAGGAACACUUGUAAUUGGAUUAAUCGCAGGAGCAGGUGUGUUGGCAGCAGGACCAUUCUCUGGUGGAUCCAUGAACCCGGCAUGUGCUUUUGGCUCUGCUUCCAUUGCUGGAACUUUCAGAAAUCAAGCUGUCUAUUGGGUUGGACCCUUGGUUGGUGCUGCUGUUGCUGGUCUUCUUUAUGACAAUGUGUUGUUCCCUUCUCAGAAUUCAGAUUCAGUUAGAGGAGGAGUUUCAAAUGUGUAAUGUUAAAUUGUAUUUUACUGCUUUAGUUUUUAUAUAUCUGUGGUAAAUAGUUAGUUCUGCAUACUUUGAAUUUGAAUGUGCUGUACUGUAAGAAUGUUGGUCAUUUGGCCUUUUGUUUGUAACAGUAACUCAUUGUAUGUCAAAUAUUGUGAUUGAUCAGCAAUAAUAAUGAAGUUAUUAUUCUCA